UUUCUGCUAGCAUGCUGCCAGCUGAUUAGAAGAGUGCACCAAGGUUUGUCUAAUCUCUGGUGUGACUGUCAUGUGCUACAGCAAGGAAGUGGCUUCGGGAGAAGCAGCCAAAUCUGCAUGGGUAUUAAACCAUGUUGAGGAGAACUGAAUUGGUGGGGAUGAAGUGGAUAAGUUUGGUGUGGGCAGCUUAUGAAACACAAGGAUUGUCUUUGCUCUUCAGAAGGCCAAGGAAGUGAAUCUGUCUAUGACCUUCUCCCAAAGGAGCUGCAGUUACCACCUUCCAGAGAAACAUCUGUAGCAUCCAUGAGCCAAACAAGUGGUGGUGAGGCAGGUUCGCCUCCUCCAGCUGUAGUCGCUGCUGAUGCUUCUUCAGCUCCUUCCUCUUCCUCCAUGGGCGGUGCUUGCAGCUCCUUUACCACCUCUUCCAGUCCUACCAUUUACUCUACCUCAGUCACCGACAGCAAGGCUAUGCAAGUGGAGAGCUGCUCCUCAGCCGUGGGGGUAAGUAACCGAGGGGUAAGUGAAAAGCAGUUAACCAGUAACACGGUCCAGCAGCAGCAGUCAACGCCGAAGAGACACACAGUGCUGUACAUCUCGCCACCACCUGAGGACUUGCUGGACAACAGUCGGAUGUCCUGCCAGGAUGAGGGGUGUGGAUUGGAGUCAGAACAGAGCUGCAGUAUGUGGAUGGAGGAUUCACCCUCCAACUUCAGUAACAUGAGUACCAGUUCCUACAAUGAUAACACUGAGGUGCCACGUAAAUCACGCAAACGAAAUCCAAAGCAGAGGCCAGGGAUCAAACGCCGAGAUUGUGAAGAGUCCAACAUGGAUAUAUUUGAUGCCGACAGUGCCAAAGCGCCUCACUAUGUCCUUUCUCAGCUCAGCACGGACAGCAAAGGCAACUCAAAAGCAGGAAAUGGAGCGUCGGAGAGCCAGAAAGGAGCUGGAGGGAAGAAGACCCCAAUGUUGUGUGGUCAGUAUCCAACCAAAAGUGAGGGGAAGGAGCUGAAGAUAGUGGUGCAGCCUGAAACCCAGCACAGGGCUCGUUAUCUGACUGAAGGCAGCCGAGGCUCAGUGAAAGACCGGACACAACAAGGUUUUCCAACUGUAAAGCUGGAAGGUCACAAUGAGCCGGUGGUGCUGCAGGUGUUCGUGGGAAAUGACUCCGGCCGAGUGAAACCACAUGGCUUCUACCAGGCCUGCCGAGUUACUGGGAGAAACACCACUCCCUGUAAGGAGGUGGAUAUCGAGGGCACUACUGUUAUUGAGGUGGGACUGGACCCUAGCAACAAUAUGACACUUGCGGUUGAUUGCGUGGGUAUACUGAAGCUGAGAAAUGCUGAUGUUGAAGCUAGAAUAGGGAUUGCUGGUUCCAAGAAAAAAAGCACACGUGCCAGGCUGGUAUUUCGUGUUAACAUCACUCGCAAAGAUGGUUCCACAUUGACUCUGCAGACACCUUCUUCCCCAAUUCUGUGCACUCAACCAGCAGGAGUUCCCGAGAUCCUAAAGAAAAGCCUGCACAGCUGUUCGGUGAAGGGUGAAGAGGAAGUUUUUCUAAUUGGCAAGAACUUUCUAAAGGGAACGAAAGUGAUUUUCCAAGAGAAUGUUUCUGAUGAAAAUUCUUGGAAGGCAGAAGCUGAAAUAGACAUGGAAUUGUUUCAUCAGAAUCACCUUAUUGUGAAAGUGCCACCGUAUCACGACCAGCGAAUAACCUCAGCUGUUUCUGUGGGAAUUUACGUGGUGACCAACGCUGGACGGUCGCACGAUGUGCAGCAAUUUACGUACACUCCAGAUACAUCAGCUGGUACUCUGAAUGUUAAUGUGAAGAAGGAAAUCUCCAGCCCAGCCCAACAUUGUUCUUUUGAAGAGGCUAUAAAAGCCACCAGUUGUAAUCUGGAGAAGGUGAAUAUUCUUCCUAGUGCCUUGAUAACUCCACUCAUGCCAAGCAGUAUGAUUAAGAAUGAAGAUGUGUCUCCAAUGGAAGUAAGCGCAGAAAAAAGAUCUCCCCCUGUUUUCAAGGCUUCAAAAGUAGUUGGACCAACUCAGCAAACAUUAGAAAGCAGUAUGCCUGGCAUAUCAACUUCUGCUUCCCAUUUACCUUCUGAAAAUGAAAAGCAGCAACAAAUACAGCCUAAGGUUUAUAAUCCAGAGACUCUAACUACUAUCCAAACGCAGGACAUUACCCAGCCUGGUAGCUUUUCAUCUGUCUCUACUCCAGGUCAGCUGCAGAACAGUGACACGUUAUUGCAGCAAGCUGCACAGUUCCAAACAAGAGAUUCCCAAACCAGAGAAGUCUUGCAGUCGGAUGGCACAGUAGUCACUUUGUCACAAUUAACUGAUGCUUCACAACAACAACAAUCUACACUACCAGAACCAGCGCAGGCGUUACAGCAACAGAUUUCAUCGAGUAUUUUCUCAUCAGCGAGUGGUGUGAGUCAGUUGCAGAACACUAUUCAGCAAUUGCAGGCUGGAAAUUUUCCAACUAACACUGCCACGGGCAGCAGUAGAAAUGUAGACUUGGUGCAGCAGGUACUGGAAGCUCAACAACAGUUAUCUUCUGUUUUAUUUUCUGGGUCUGACAGUAAUGAGGAUGUUCAAGAUCAGCUAAAUGCAGAUAUCUUUCAGCAAGUUAGUCAGAUACAAAAUAGUGUAAAUCCUGGGAUAUUUUCCUCGUCAGAUACAGCUGUCCAUUCCAGACCAGAGAACCUUUUGCCUGGAAGAGGUGAAAAUGUUCAUUCACAGCCUGAAAACACAUUGUCCAAUCAGCAACAGCAACAACAGCAACAACAGCAGCAACAGGCAAUGGAGACUUCUGCAGCAAUGGUGAUAGGAAUCCAGCAAAACAUUUGCCAGGCUGCUACACAGAUGCAGUCUGAUUUGUUCUCUUCAACAACUUCAGGGAACGGAGCCCUCCAGCAGUCACCGGUUUACCAGCAGGCUUCUCAUAUAAUGAGUGGGUUAUCAACGAGCGAAGACAUGCAAAUGCAGUGCGAAUUAUUCUCUUCAUCUCCUGGUGUUUCUGGAAGUGAGACUAAUUCUACAGCUCAGCAGCAGGUCUCCAACAAUGGACCUACUAUAUUUCAGGCAUCAAGUUCUGCAGAUGGAGAGGAAGCUUCAGGACAGAGUAAACAGAUGCAAAGUUCUGUAUUUCAGACCAUGGUUCAAAUGCAGCACAGUGGAGAAAGUCAAUCUCAAGUUAAUCUCUUUUCAUCUACCAAAAACAUGAUGACUGUUCAGCCAAGUGGAGCUCAGCAGCAAGGAGGUGGUCUUUUCCAGCAGGGCGGAGAAAUCAUGUCUAUUCAGCCUGCAAACUUUAUGCAGCAAUCUCCACACUCACAGGCUCAGCUUUUCCACUCUCAGAAUCCUAUUGGUGAUACUCAGAAUAUAUCACAGGAAACACAAGGCUCCAUUUUUCACAGUCCAAAUUCCAUUGUCCACAACCAGACCAAUACUAGCUCGUCAGAUCAACUGCAGCCUCCAAUGUUCCAUUCACAGAGCACCAUGGGUGUAUUACAGAGCUCUUCAGUUCCUCAAGACCAGCAGUCUGCCAACAUGUUCCUUUCCCAGACUUCAAUUAGCAACCCAGCAACUCAAGAAGAGCAGAUGUCAUUCUUUACAAACCCAAGUUCCAUUUCUCCUCUUCAGGCAGCAGCAAACAGUGAGCAACCAACUUCUUUCCAACAACAGACACAGAUAUCUCAUAUUCAGAGUUCUAUGCUUCCCCAGGAACAGCCACAGACUCAGCCUGCUCAGCAAGGUUUGUUUCAGCCUCAAGUACCAUUAGCCUCCAUCCAGUCCAGUUCAAUUCCCCAGAACCAACAAGGAGCUAUCUUCCAGCCUCAGCAUUCAAUAGUUGCUAUGCAGAGCAGUCCUCCAUCUCAAGAACAGCCACAGCAGCAGCAACAGAACAUGAUGUUCAGUAAUCAAAAUGCAAUGAGUACAAUUGCUUCUCAAAAGCAAAACAUGAUUUUUAAUCCAAACCAAAACCCUGUUACUAAUCAGGAACAACAGGGCCAGUCCAUUUUUCAUCCACAGACUAACAUGGCGCCAAUAAACCAGGAACAGCAGCCCAUGCAAUUCCAGAGUCAAACUACAGUGUCUUCUCUACAGAAUCCUGGAUCCAGCCAGGCUGAAGCACAGCAGCCAGCCAUCUUCCAUAACUCACCCCAGAUUCAGUUGGUCCAAGGGUCACCAAGUUCUCAAGAGCAACAGGUCACCCUCUUCAUCUCUUCAGCUUCCAUGUCUGCGUUGCAGAACAGUAUGAGCCAGCAAGAUCUGCAGCAAUCUCCAAUGUACUCUUCUCAAAACAGCAUGGCAGGAAUGCAAGGAACUGCUUCUCCUCCACAGCAGCAAGCUUCUUUGUUUCAUAACACAGCAGGAGGUGCUAUCAACCAGCUGCAGAAUUCUCCUGCUUCAUCUCAGCAGACUUCAGGAAUAUUCCUGUUUGGCAUUCAAAACAACUGUAGCCAGCUGCUGCCUUCUGGACCAGCUGCACUGCCUGAUGAGUUGAUGGCUAUCAGUCAGCCAGGUCAGCCACAGAGCGAGGGACAAGCAGCAGUGCCAGCGCUUCUCUCCCAGCAGAUGCCUGAGACCUCUCCACUACCUUCAGCUAUGGCACCCAGUCAGAAUAUUGAGAAAAUCGAUGAUCUGCUUGUUUCACUGCAAAACCAGGGGAACAAUAUGACCGGCUCAUUUUAGUUAGAAAUUCUGAGAAGAAAGAGGUGAUGACUUCCCGGAUCCUCUCAGACCUUGUGACUCUGGAUUAGGCAGCGUGGAACUGAUUGCUUCUGUCAAAAAGUGGCCCUCUUUUCUAAAGAGCACAUAUGUGGCCAGUUGCAGUGUCUAGCACCUAAGGCUAUGACUGUAUUAUUUGAGAUUCAAGAUUCAUAGUGCCAAUAAUGCUGAAAAGCUAUGCUUUGUUUUACAAGGGCGUAGGAUUGUACUGUUACCUGUCUCCUAAUGCCCGCUGAGAGUGGCGUGCUCUUUGAAUUUAAAGCAUAUCUGGUCAGUUAUUAUUGUCGUUAGAAGGUAAUACAUACUACCGUGUUUACUUUAUUUUUUCCCCUUCUCUUCCUUCUUUACAUCCCCUCUUUUGACUAGAAAAGCUAGUGAAGCAGAAACAUCAAAUACCCGUGACGUAAAUCAUGACUCGUAGCUGUCAGUAAGUGAAAGGACUGGAUGUUUUACAGUUAAGUGGGAGAGCUAAUAAUCUGAUUUAUUGAUUGCAGUAGGGGGCAAUGAAAAUAUUGACACAUAUAACAAAUGAGCAGAGAAUUGCUUGCUGCUGUAGUUGACCUGACAGAGGUGUGUGCUUCCCAUCUAAGAACGUGAUUAACGGUUAGCUGUGUCUCUUACAUGUAACUGUAAAUAGAGCAAGGGUUUGGUGGCUCUAACAAAUUGAAGAAACAGAGAGGAGCUUUCAAUUAAAUUAUGCUCUAAAAAUCUUAGCCUCUUAAAUACCUUCAACUUGAAAAGAACAUUCUGCCUGGCUGAUGAAACAACUCCUUUUGGUCUCCCAUGCUGACUGUGUGGGUCAGAACUAGUUGAAGCUGCAUUUCUCAUUCUCAAACUCGUUUUUUCCUUUUUGUUCUUUUUAUGUUUUUCCUUCUCUCUUCCUCAGUUUUGUAUUAUGUGUUUGGGAGUGUUAGAAAGAUCAGAAGCAGCUUUUAGGAGUCCAUGGCACCAAUUCUUGUGCUGUUCAAAUGCUUGGUCAAACAGGCUCUGAGAAGUAAAGAUUAAGGAAAGAGGAAGCAAUUUUUCUGCAUCCCUUCAAAUGUGGGAAUCCCCCUUCACCAGUUGCUUACAACAGCAACAACUGGAAAAUCUUCUGUUUGACUUUACUCCAAAUGGGGGGAAAUUAAAUAGUUUUUACACAUUAUUGAAAAUUUCACUUUACCUGAGCUGUUGCAUCUUUGUAGCUCACUGCAAAUUUAAAGUGUUAUUUUCCUUCUGACAGUCCCCUAGGCACAGCUUCUAGAUUGUCCGACAUCGACUCGUUACAGAAUGUAAAGCCAACCCACUCCAAACCAUGCAGUUGUGUUGUGAGGCAUGUGAAUUUUUGGGUGCUCCAACUGUCCAGAAGGUUUUGUGAUAUCUCACUACAGCCUCAUUCGGAUAUUUGUUUCUUCUCUUUCUGCACGUAGAAAGCUGUUAAUGCAGUUAGAGCCAAACAGCUGUCAUGUAUGGCUAUUAUGCCUCGGUAUAGUGUAGUUGAUAUCAUGUCAUAUUUCAUUUUUGUUAUUUUAAAUAACAAAGAAUAGUCUGUAAAUGGUUUUUAAGUUACUUUAGUCUGUUUACUGUGUUUUUCCCUAACUUGUGUGCUUAGUUGAGCCGUGUAGAGUUUUUGUUUGUUUUAAUGGUUUUUCCUGUUUGUCGGUCUGUCAUAACGUUCAUUUUUCUCUUUCUGUCUCUCUUUCUCUCUCUCAUUGAGAGGCAUUGAAUUACGUUUUCAGUAGUAAGGCUUCUUGCCGAUAUGAAGGGAACUUUUCAGAAAGAGACCUGCUCUGGGUCAUUUAAUUUUGAAUACAGUUUUCAAUCGUUCAAGUUUUGGAUGGUUUAUAUCUAAUGUGUGUUUCAUUUUUUUGGAAAGCUAUAUUUUGUAUUUAGGAAAUGGUAUACUAUUUUGCUAUUUGUACUGAGUGAGUACAUUGGCAUAAAUAUAAAAAUUUAUAUAUAUACAUAUAUAUAAAAUAUUCUUUUUGCCACACAUUUUUGUGGUAAAUUUGUGAGUUUGUCUGAUGUUCUACCACAACGUGGCGUCUGAUAACAGUGGGUGGGGUGGGGUUUGUUAUGUCUUUAUUGAGUAUUUAAGUACUUUUUGCAACAUAAAUAACUUGUUCAUCUCUCGCCAUUCCAUCAGGCAAUGUAUUGUUCCAGCUGGCUAUGAGAAGCUUCACCGUGUGUGUUGGUGUCUGUCACUCAGCAGUUCAAUCUAGUACAGAAACCCAUAGGCAUUUAGGUGUAGAGCGGAUAACGGGGUUUCAUUCAGAAUGAGCCAUUCAGCUUUUAUCCUCUAUCAUUGUCUAUUUAAUAUUUUAUUAUUAGUGCCUCUAUGUUUUAACUUUUAAUUUAUGAUUACGCUAAAAUGUUUAAAAUUUUAAUCACGAUAAAAAGAAUUCCCUGCUUCGUACUGUCCAGAGCUGCUUUAUAACCCUGAACCAUACUUUUUCUUCCUGUGAUUUAUAUAUAUAUUUUUUUCUGCUAAGAGCAAAUAUUAAUAAAACCCUGUUAUGGUUCAUGACAUGAAAAUAGCAACCUCGCAGAACUAAAUGCUAGUUGAGGAUGCGUAGACGACUGAGAAUUGUGGACCGAAACAGCUUCCAGAUGGUUGUGAAAGUCGAUAGCCAGUUACCUCCAGAUGAGCUGGUGGCUUUGCAGGAUCCCAGUCCCAGGACAAACUGUCGGGUGUCAUCUGGGGCCUUCAUACACAGAAGAAGUAAUAGGAAUGACACAUUCACUUGUAUGCUGCUUCAGUUUGUUCCAUUGUUUUAAAGGGUGUAUCCUUUUGUUGAAGUGGUGUUGGUCAGUGCCAAGUCACCAGGGACCAAUUUUCCAAUUAAGAAGUUGGGUGUCCAAAAGAGAACUUUAUACCAAGACUGCUACAGCUCCAGGGGAAGGGUAUGUUUGAACUGUGUGCAUAUUUUUAGGUGGCUUAUUUAAAAAGAAAAAAGAAAAAGAGGGAAAAAAAAAAAAGGGCUGUGCUAUCACAUUUUUCACUUUUGGAUAACACCUUUCAUUUAUUGUGUUUAAAUUUAUCUCAUUUCAUUUUAGGUCAAUGUUUAAAUGUACAACACUUUGAACAUGUGAUUUGGUUACAAAAGCUAUUUGUCUUAUGAAGGAAAAGAUUGCUCAGUGGUUGAUUAGUGCUGGAAAUGCUGCUUGCAAACAGCUGUAACGAGGGCUUUGAUAAGCCAACAACGAGCUUAAUGGCAGCCUGCAGGAUUCCAUGGCAGAAAGAGACGAGCAGUGUGAGCUGCAUCGGUGUGUAUCAGAGUCCUGAACAUUAGUGACAACCAGUUGAUAUUGAUAAUUGGAGCUUAUUCUGCAUUUUUAAUCUCUUUGUCUACUCCUCUGCAUGUUGAUGCUGGUGUGCCUGUUAGAUUGAGGGCAGGUGGACGCUUGCUGGCAUGGAGCUGAGAGGUAGUGGUAUCACAUCUAAUUCAUUUUGCUGGAGAAAGUUGGAAGAUACUGAGACAUUUAGUCUGAACAUUUGAAGUUCCUAGCAUUAUUGUAAAAAAAGAAAAGAAAAAAAAAACCCACUAUCAUACACAAGGCAGCAGUUAAAUGCAAGAAAUGUUACUCGGUGGAAAGUGAAAAAACAGAGCUGUGUUACUCUGAUGGGUUUUCUCUGUGUUUGUUUGCUGCUUGAGCUCUCUCUGAAGCCAUCUGAGUCUCCGUCCUAAACGUGGGCCGUUCCUCCAGUUGUAGAUGCCUCUCUGUCUGCCCAGUGCCUAUGUGCCUGAUGGUUUAGAGAACAGAGAAUUAUUGGCACAAAUAAAAAGCUACAGAGGUGUAUCUGCUAACCACCAGCCUUGGGUUUGUGUCUGCCUAUACUUUGUUUUACAAGAAAAAAGAAACAACAAACAAAAC